AUGGCUCGAUCCGGCCGUGUCCUUUGCCUCGUGGCGGCGGUUGCCGCGGUGCUGCACGCCUCGUGGACCUUUGUGCCUGGCCCGCUGCGGCGCCAGGCCGUUCCCUUGGCGGCCUCUGCAGCCGUCCUUGCGCCUCUCCCCGCCUUCGCGGAUGGUGUGGAUGCCGCAGCAAAGAAGCUUGCCGACGCCAGCUACCCCAUGGUGAAGGCGGUUGACUGGGCCACCACCGACGUGCUGGACAAGUACAUGGCCAAGGUGCCCACCACGAUGGAGUUCAGCAAGGCAAUCCUCGACCUGAGCGUGUCUCUGGACCCCAAGCUUGUCAAGGAUGCUGUCGCGGCCCACAAGAAGGCAGUGGAUGCCAUGGGCCCCGACUUUGUCACGCCGCUGAAGAACCACGAGGAAGUGACCGUGGCGCUGGCCAAGAUGUUUGCCGCUGCCCCGAAGGACAAGAUCAAAGCGGUCUUCGACGCCACGCCGAGCGUGAAGGAUCUGAACGCGGCCUGGUAUGCACAGAUGCCCAAGGCUGACGCAGACGCCACUUUCGUGGCUUUCAAGGAGCUGGCGGAGGCAGUGAAGGCCGCUCCAGUGACGCAGGUCGCCCCCGUGGCAGCGCCUUCCAUGGAUGGGCCCAUUGGCAUGGCAGCCAAGAAGCUGGCAGAUGCCAGCUACCCGAUGAUCAAGAGCUUGGACUGGGCUGGCACCGGCGUGUUGGACAAGUACGUGGCCAAGACUCCAGCCACCAAAGAGUCCAUCGCCGCCUUCCUGGAUGCCGGCCUCGCGAUGGACCCCAAGCUGAUUCAGGGCGCUACGCAAGCACACCUGGAUGCGCUCAAGGAGGUGGACGGCAAGCUGGUGACGUCCCUCAAGGGCCACGAGGAGGUCACAGUCGCGAUUGCGAAGCUCAUCGCUUCGGCCCCGCCUGCCACGAUCAAGAAGGUCUUCGACACCGUUCCCAACAUUCAGGGCUUGAAUGCGGACUGGUUCGCCACCAUGCCAAUGACCGAUGCCAUCAAGUCCUACCAGGCCUUCCUCGAGACAGCCACAGCAGUUGCGGCGGACCUCGUCGCCUACAAGCUGUUUUCAGAGGUUGUGUGUUGUCGUAUCUUGGCAGUGUCUUUCCGGGCAGAAGAAAAGCUUUUUGUUGCAAUGGCUCGAUCCGGCCGUGUCCUUUGCCUCGUGGCGGCGGUUGCCGCGGUGCUGCACGCCUCGUGGACCUUUGUGCCUGGCCCGCUGCGGCGCCAGGCCGUUCCCUUGGCGGCCUCUGCAGCCGUCCUUGCGCCCCUCCCCGCCUUCGCGGAUGGUGUGGAUGCCGCGGCGAAGAAGCUUGCAGACGCCAGCUACCCCAUGGUGAAGGCGGUUGACUGGGCCACCACCGACGUGCUGGACAAGUACAUGGCCAAGGUGCCCACCACGAAGGAGUUCAGCAAGGCAAUCCUCGACCUGAGCGUGUCUCUGGACCCCAAGCUUGUCAAGGAUGCUGUCGCUGCCCACAAGAAGGCAGUGGAUGCCAUGGGCCCCGACUUUGUCACGCCGCUGAAGAACCACGAGGAAGUGACCGUGGCGCUGGCCAAGAUGUUUGCCGCUGCCCCGAAGGACAAGAUCAAAGCGGUCUUCGACGCCACGCCGAGCGUGAAGGAUCUGAACGCGGCCUGGUAUGCGCAGAUGCCCAAGGCUGACGCAGACGCCACUUUCGUGGCUUUCAAGGAGCUGGCGGAGGCAGUGAAGGCCGCUCCAGUGACGCAGGUCGCCCCCGUGGCAGCGCCUUCCAUGGAUGGGCCCAUUGGCAUGGCAGCCAAGAAGCUGGCAGAUGCCAGCUACCCGAUGAUCAAGAGCUUGGACUGGGCUGGCACCGGCGUGUUGGACAAGUACGUGGCCAAGACUCCAGCCACCAAAGAGUCCAUCGCCGCCUUCCUGGAUGCCGGCCUCGCGAUGGACCCCAAGCUGAUUCAGGGCGCUACGCAAGCACACCUGGAUGCGCUCAAGGAGGUGGACGGCAAGCUGGUGACAUCCCUCAAGGGCCACGAGGAGGUCACAGUCGCGAUUGCGAAGCUCAUCGCUUCGGCCCCGCCUGCCACGAUCAAGAAGGUCUUCGACACCGUUCCCAACAUUCAGGGCUUGAAUGCGGACUGGUUCGCCACCAUGCCAAUGACCGAUGCCAUCAAGUCCUACCAGGCCUUCCUCGAGACAGCCACAGCAGUUGCGGCGGACCUCGUCGCCUACAAGCUGUUUUCAGAGGUUGUGUGUUGUCGUAUCUUGGCAGUGUCUUUCCGGGCAGAAGAAAAGCUUUUUGUUGCAAUGGCUCGAUCCGGCCGUGUCCUUUGCCUCGUGGCGGCGGUUGCCGCAGUGCUGCACGCCUCGUGGACCUUUGUUCCUGGCCCGCUGCGGCGCCAGGCCGUUCCCUUGGCGGCCUCUGCAGCCGUCCUUGCGCCCCUCCCCGCCUUCGCGGAUGGUGUGGACGCCGCGGCGAAGAAGCUUGCAGACGCCAGCUACCCCAUGGUGAAGGCGGUUGACUGGGCCACCACCGACGUGCUGGACAAGUACAUGGCCAAGGUGCCCACCACGAAGGAGUUCAGCAAGGCAAUCCUCGACCUGAGCGUGUCUCUGGACCCCAAGCUUGUCAAGGAUGCUGUCGCUGCCCACAAGAAGGCAGUGGAUGCCAUGGGCCCCGACUUUGUCACGCCGCUGAAGAACCACGAGGAAGUGACCGUGGCGCUGGCCAAGAUGUUUGCCGCUGCCCCGAAGGACAAGAUCAAAGCGGUCUUCGACGCCACGCCGAGCGUGAAGGAUCUGAACGCGGCCUGGUAUGCGCAGAUGCCCAAGGCUGACGCAGACGCCACUUUCGUGGCUUUCAAGGAGCUGGCGGAGGCAGUGAAGGCCGCUCCAGUGACGCAGGUCGCCCCGGUGGCAGCGCCUUCCAUGGAUGGGCCCAUUGGCAUGGCAGCCAAGAAGCUGGCAGAUGCCAGCUACCCGAUGAUCAAGAGCUUGGACUGGGCUGGCACCGGCGUGUUGGACAAGUACGUGGCCAAGACUCCAGCCACCAAAGAGUCCAUCGCCGCCUUCCUGGAUGCCGGCCUCGCGAUGGACCCCAAGCUGAUUCAGGGCGCUACGCAAGCACACCUGGAUGCGCUCAAGGAGGUGGACGGCAAGCUGGUGACGUCCCUCAAGGGCCACGAGGAGGUCACAGUCGCGAUUGCGAAGCUCAUCGCUUCGGCCCCGCCUGCCACGAUCAAGAAGGUCUUCGACACCGUUCCCAACAUUCAGGGCUUGAAUGCGGACUGGUUCGCCACCAUGCCAAUGACCGAUGCCAUCAAGUCCUACCAGGCCUUCCUCGAGACAGCCACAGCAGUUGCGGCGGACCUCGUCGCCUACAAGCUGUUUUCAGAGGUUGUGUGUUGUCGUAUCUUGGCAGUGUCUUUCCGGGCAGAAGAAAAGCUUUUUGUUGCAAUGGCUCGAUCCGGCCGUGUCCUUUGCCUCGUGGCGGCGGUUGCCGCAGUGCUACACGCCUCGUGGACCUUUGUUCCUGGCCCGCUGCGGCGCCAGGCCGUUCCCUUGGCGGCCUCUGCAGCCGUCCUUGCGCCCCUCCCCGCCUUCGCGGAUGGUGUGGACGCCGCGGCGAAGAAGCUUGCAGACGCCAGCUACCCCAUGGUGAAGGCGGUUGACUGGGCCACCACCGACGUGCUGGACAAGUACAUGGCCAAGGUGCCCACCACGAAGGAAUUCAGCAAGGCAAUCCUCGACCUGAGCGUGUCUCUGGACCCCAAGCUUGUCAAGGAUGCUGUCGCUGCCCACAAGAAGGCAGUGGAUGCCAUGGGCCCCGACUUUGUCACGCCGCUGAAGAACCACGAGGAAGUGACCGUGGCGCUGGCCAAGAUGUUUGCCGCUGCCCCGAAGGACAAGAUCAAAGCGGUCUUCGACGCCACGCCGAGCGUGAAGGAUCUGAACGCGGCCUGGUAUGCGCAGAUGCCCAAGGCUGACGCAGACGCCACUUUCGUGGCUUUCAAGGAGCUGGCGGAGGCAGUGAAGGCCGCUCCAGUGACGCAGGUCGCCCCCGUGGCAGCGCCUUCCAUGGAUGGGCCCAUUGGCAUGGCAGCCAAGAAGCUGGCAGAUGCCAGCUACCCGAUGAUCAAGAGCUUGGACUGGGCUGGCACCGGCGUGUUGGACAAGUACGUGGCCAAGACUCCAGCCACCAAAGAGUCCAUCGCCGCCUUCCUGGAUGCCGGCCUCGCGAUGGACCCCAAGCUGAUUCAGGGCGCUACGCAAGCACACCUGGAUGCGCUCAAGGAGGUGGACGGCAAGCUGGUGACGUCCCUCAAGGGCCACGAGGAGGUCACAGUCGCGAUUGCGAAGCUCAUCGCUUCUGCCCCGCCUGCCACGAUCAAGAAGGUCUUCGACACCGUUCCCAACAUUCAGGGCUUGAAUGCGGACUGGUUCGCCACCAUGCCAAUGACCGAUGCCAUCAAAUCCUACCAGGCCUUCCUCGAGACAGCCACAGCAGUUGCGGCGGCCAAGCGCUUUUUGUUGCAAUGGCUCGAUCCGGCCGUGUCCUUUGCCUCGUGGCGGCGGUUGCCGCGGUGCUGCACGCGCCCCUUCCUCGGCAGAGGGGGGGUCCGGUUGCGGCUGCGCUUGAACUGCAGCCGAAACCCUGGCUGCAUGGGGCAAGCCUUGCUUGGCAGCUCGAUCGGCCUCCUUCCGGGCGAGGAGCUGCACGACACUGACCUUUUGCGGGGGAGGCUUCUUGUGCUCAAGCUCCAGCUGGUGCAUUUCUCGCAAGAUUUCCCCCAUCCGCUCGUGGCUCCCAAAAAGGUUGCAAAUCACCUGGAAGUCCUUCUCAGUGCGCCCCUUCUGAACGAAGGCUUCGGACAGUUUCUGCAGCAGCAUCUUCGGUUUCUCCUGGAGCUGGUGUUACAUUUGAUGUCUUCAGGGCCGGAUGUGUUUCGCUUCGCCAUUUUCUGGGCCUUCUCCGUGGACAAGUACAUGGCCAAGGCGCCCACCACGAAGGAGUUCAGCAAGGCAAUCCUCGACCUGAGCGUGUCUCUGGACCCCAAGCUUGUCAAGGAUGCUGUCGCGGCCCACAAGAAGGCAGUGGAUGCCAUGGGCCCCGACUUUGUCACGCCGCUGAAGAACCAUGAGGAAGUGACCGUGGCGCUGGCCAAGAUGUUUGCCGCUGCCCCGAAGGACAAGAUCAAAGCGGUCUUCGACGCCACGCCGAGCGUGAAGGAUCUGAACGCGGCCUGGUAUGCGCAGAUGCCCAAGGCUGACGCAGACGCCACUUUCGUGGCUUUCAAGGAGCUGGCGGAGGCAGUGAAGGCCGCUCCAGUGACGCAGGUCGCCCCCGUGGCAGCGCCUUCCAUGGAUGGGCCCAUUGGCAUGGCAGCCAAGAAGCUGGCAGAUGCCAGCUACCCGAUGAUUAAGAGCUUGGACUGGGCUGGCACCGGCGUGUUGGACAAGUACGUGGCCAAGACUCCAGCCACCAAAGAGUCCAUCGCCGCCUUCCUGGCUGCCGGCCUCGCGAUGGACCCCAAGCUGAUUCAGGGCGCUACGCAAGCACACCUGGAUGCGCUCAAGGAGGUGGACGGCAAGCUGGUGACGUCCCUCAAGGGCCACGAGGAAGUCACAGUCGCGAUUGCGAAGCUCAUCGCUUCGGCCCCGCCUGCCACGAUCAAGAAGGUCUUCGACACCGUUCCCAACAUUCAGGGCUUGAAUGCGGACUGGUUCGCCACCAUGCCAAUGACCGAUGCCAUCAAGUCCUACCAGGCCUUACCUCGAGACAGCCACAGCAGUUGCGGCGGCCAAGCGCUAGGCCCGCUAGCCGCUGAGACGUCACUUUUCCAUCAACUGGUCAUGCUGAAUGCAGGAGUCAGCGAAAACGGAGAAGGUGAAGGAGGCAAGCGGCAAGAUCGGGCAGAUGACAUGUCCAAUCCAGGUGUUCUGGUUUUAGAGGUGGUCGCAGGUGAUGAGGCCGUUGCUAGCGAAGCAGCCGGGCAGGCAAAUGCCAUCAAGAAGGUCUGGAAAGGAGAUCGCCGAAGCGAAGGCGUGAACUUGGGAUUUUACAGGCGCCAUUGUGGAGCGCACACUUUGAAGGGUCUUUGCAUGUGGUGUCGGGCCAUGGAGACCUACGAUCGUGUGGCAAAGGCCCCAGAACCCGUGGGACGCGGGAAUCUCCAGGAAGAGUCCUCCGCCCUCCCAUGCAUUUUGGAGGUCGCCGCGCCCAAGAAGGAGAGCCUCGCCGAGACCGAGUCCUCUUACAACGCGAUGAUGGAGAAGUUGAAUGCCAAGCGUGCAGACCUGAAGAAGGUCGUAGAUGAACUGGAUGCCUUGAACCAGAAGCUGAACUCACUCAGGACCGAGCAAGACAACCUGACUGCUGAAGUGGACAAUUGCCAGAAGAAGCUGGAACGAGCAGAGACCCUGAUCACGUCCUUGGGCGGCGAAAAGACACGGUGGACGCAGAACGCCAUCGACCUGGCAGCUGGGAGCCCAGUGGAUGCCAUGGGCCCCGACUUUGUCACGCCGCUGAAGAACCAUGAGGAAGUGACUGUGGCGCUGGCCAAGAUGUUUGCGGCUGCUCCGAAGGACAAGAUCAAAGCGGUCUUCGACGCCACGCCGAGCGUGAAGGAUCUGAACGCGGCCUGGUAUACGCAGAUGCUCAAGGCUGACGCCGACGCUACUUUCGUGGCUUUCAAGGAGCUGGCGGAGGCAGUGAAGGCCGCUCCAGUGACGCAGGUCGCCCCCGUGGCAGCGCCUUCCAUGGAUGGGCGCAUUGGCAUGGCAGCCAAGCAGCUGGCAGAUGCCAGCUACCCGAUGAUCAAGAGCUUGGACUGGGCUGGCACCGGCGUGUUGGACAAGUACGUGACCAAGACUCCAGCCACCAAAGAGUCCAUCGCCGCCUUCCUGGAUGCCGGCCUCGCGAUGGACCCCAAGCUGAUUCAGGGCGCUACGCAAGCACACCUGGAUGCGCUCAAGGAGGUGGACGGCAAGCUGGUGACGUCCCUCAAGGGCCACGAGGAGGUCACAGUCGCGAUUGCGAAGCUCAUCGCUUCUGCCCCGCCUGCCACGAUCAAGAAGGUCUUCGACACCGUUCCCAACAUUCAGGGCUUGAAUGCGGACUGGUUCGCCACCAUGCCAAUGACCGAUGCCAUCAAGUCCUACCAGGCCUUCCUCGAGACAGCCACAGCAGUUGCGGCGGACCUCGUCGCCUACAAGUGGUUGCGAGAGGUUGUGUGUUGUCGUAUGUUGGCAGUGUCUUUCCGGGCAGAAGAAAAGCUUUUUGUUGCAAUGGCUCGAUCCGGCCGUGUCCUUUGCCUCGUGGCGGCGGUUGCCGCGGUGCUGCACGCCUCGUGGACCUUUGUGCCUGGCCCGCUGCGGCGCCAGGCCGUUCCCUUGGCGGCCUCUGCAGCCGUCCUUGCGCCUCUCCCCGCCUUCGCGGAUGGUGUGGAUGCCGCGGCGAAGAAGCUUGCAGACGCCAGCUACCCCAUGGUGAAGGCGGUUGACUGGGCCACCACCGACGUGCUGGACAAGUACAUGGCCAAGGUGCCCACCACGAAGGAGUUCAGCAAGGCAAUCCUCGACCUGAGCGUGUCUCUGGACCCCAAGCUUGUCAAGGAUGCUGUCGCGGCCCACAAGAAGGCAGUGGAUGCCAUGGGCCCCGACUUUGUCACGCCGCUGAAGAACCACGAGGAAGUGACCGUGGCGCUGGCCAAGAUGUUUGCCGCUGCCCCGAAGGACAAGAUCAAAGCGGUCUUCGACGCCACGCCGAGCGUGAAGGAUCUGAACGCGGCCUGGUAUGCGCAGAUGCCCAAGGCUGACGCAGACGCCACUUUCGUGGCUUUCAAGGAGCUGGCGGAGGCAGUGAAGGCCGCUCCAGUGACGCAGGUCGCCCCCGUGGCAGCGCCUUCCAUGGAUGGGCCCAUUGGCAUGGCAGCCAAGAAGCUGGCAGAUGCCAGCUACCCGAUGAUCAAGAGCUUGGACUGGGCUGGCACCGGCGUGUUGGACAAGUACGUGGCCAAGACUCCAGCCACCAAAGAGUCCAUCGCCGCCUUCCUGGAUGCCGGCCUCGCGAUGGACCCCAAGCUGAUUCAGGGCGCUACGCAAGCACACCUGGAUGCGCUCAAGGAGGUGGACGGCAAGCUGGUGACAUCCCUCAAGGGCCACGAGGAGGUCACAGUCGCGAUUGCGAAGCUCAUCGCUUCGGCCCCGCCUGCCACGAUCAAGAAGGUCUUCGACACCGUUCCCAACAUUCAGGGCUUGAAUGCGGACUGGUUCGCCACCAUGCCAAUGACCGAUGCCAUCAAGUCCUACCAGGCCUUCCUCGAGACAGCCACAGCAGUUGCGGCGGCCAAGCGCUAG